AUGUCCCAAUCCCUCCGACCCUACCUUCUUGCCGUACGUACCUCUCUCACAGCAGCCCUCUGUCUGGAAGACUUUGGCUCGCAGGUGGCAGAGCGACACAAUGUGCCCGAGGUGGAGUCCGGCAAGUCAGCUGAGGCGCUGCUCAACCCUAUGACCAUUGCGCGAAACGAAAACGAAAUGGUGCUGAUCGAGCCAUCCAUCAACUCGGUGCGAGUGUCGAUUCGAAUCAAGCAGGCGGACGAGAUUGAACGGAUUCUCGUGCACCAGUUCACGCGGUUCCUGACCGGCCGAGCCGAGUCUUUCUACAUUCUGCGACGAAAACCCGUGCCUGGAUACAGCAUUUCGUUCCUCAUCACAAACUUCCACACCGAGACCAUGCUCAAGCACAAGCUGGUGGACUUUAUCAUUGAGUUUAUGGAGGUGGUCGACAAGGAGAUCAGUGAGAUGAAGCUGGUGCUCAAUGCCAGAGCGCGAUUUAUCGCAGAGAGUUAUUUGGUUGCGUUCGACUAA